CCUCCCUCCCUCCCUCCCUCCUUACCAGCUUCCUUCUGCUCUUCCCGCCAGUCUCCUCCUCAGUCGAGGGGAGACCUAGCUCCCUCUUCUUGCCCACAGCUGGGAAUCCCAGCCCUCCCCCUUCAUCCCUCUCCUCUCCUCAGCCCUGGGAUUCCCAGACUGCUCAGCUUUCUUUUCCUUUCCUCCCUCAUAUGGAAAUCCUGGUCUCCUCUCCCCUGCUCCCCCCCCUAGUCUGAGCACAUCCUUUCCCACCUGACCCUAUAACUCUCUUCCCUCUAGGAAGAGUAGUUCCUUAUUCUUUUAAAACAUGAGCUUUUCUUAGUAAUUCUUGUUUUAUUUUGUCUUUAUUUCACUGCUCCCCACCCCCGAAAGAGUUUAUUUCCUUUCUUUGGGCUGUUUGAUUUUCAUCCCUUCCCCUAGACUCAUUGCUGCCUAUGUCCCAGACUUUGCUUUUCCCUUGUUGAGGUUGGAGGGAGCCUCCCCUCAAAGAGCAGCCCAAGAAGAUGCCAGGGCCUGGCUUCUGUGGUCUCUCCCCACUCCGGGUAUUCCCCUCCGUGUUUGUGGUGGCUGCCUUGCUGGGCCUGCUUCCAGUCCUCAGGAGCCAUGGGCUGCAGAAUACAGUGACACCAAAGGUCUCCACCAUGGGCUUGUACAUAGGCCCUGGGGACGGGGAUGUCACCUCGGCUCCACCAGAGGUCAGCCACGAAGUCCAUCCUAUGACCAACUAUUCGGGGAACUUUCAUGGGAAGCCACGCAAGGCUUUCCCUGUUCUGGGCAUCGACUAUGAUCAUGUGCAGACCCCCUUCGAGAUCUCCCUCUGGAUCCUGUUAGCCUGCCUUAUGAAGCUGGGUUUCCACGUGAUCCCCACCAUCUCCAGCAUCGUCCCCGAGAGCUGCCUGCUGAUCGUGGUGGGGCUGCUGGUGGGAGGUCUGAUUAAAGGAGUCGGGGAGAGCCCACCAGUCCUAGAGUCGGAUAUCUUUUUCCUCUUCCUGCUGCCCCCCAUCAUCCUGGACGCUGGCUACUUCCUGCCGCUGCGCCAGUUCACUGAGAACCUCGGCACCAUUCUGAUAUUUGCCGUGGUGGGCACGCUGUGGAACGCCUUCUUCCUCGGUGGACUCAUGUACGCCGUGUGCUUGGUCGGGGGCCCCCAGAUCAAUGAGAUUGGCCUCCUGAACAACCUGCUGUUUGGCAGCAUCAUCUCAGCUGUGGACCCCGUGGCGGUGCUGGCCGUGUUUGAGGAGAUCCACAUCAAUGAGCUGCUCCACAUCCUCGUGUUUGGGGAGUCCCUGCUCAAUGAUGCCGUCACUGUCGUGCUGUACCAUCUCUUUGAAGAGUUUGCCGGCAUUGACAAAGUGACCCUCACCGACAUCAUCCUGGGCUUCCUUAGCUUCUUCGUGGUCUCGCUGGGGGGGGUGUUUGUGGGUGUGGUCUACGGCAUCAUCGCGGCCUUCACCUCCCGCUUCACGUCCCACAUCCGUGUCAUCGAGCCGCUCUUCGUCUUCCUUUACAGCUACAUGGCCUACCUGUCUGCUGAACUCUUUCACCUGUCUGGCAUCAUGGCGCUCAUCGCCUCGGGGGUCAUGAUGCGGCCCUACGUGGAGGCCAACAUUUCCCACAAGUCCCACACCACCAUCAAAUACUUCCUGAAGAUGUGGAGCAGCAUCAGCGAGACCCUCAUCUUCAUCUUCUUGGGCGUCUCCACCGUGGCCGGCUCCCACCACUGGAACUGGACCUUCGUCAUCAGCACACUGCUCUUCUGCCUCAUUGCCCGUGUGCUGGGUGUGCUGGGCCUCACGUGGUUCAUUAAUAAGUUCCGCAUCGUGAAGCUGACCCCCAAGGACCAAUUCAUCAUCGCCUAUGGUGGCCUUCGCGGAGCCAUUGCCUUCUCCCUGGGCUACCUCCUGGACGUGCAGCACUUCCCAAUGAGGAACCUCUUCCUCACAGCCAUCAUCACCGUCAUCUUCUUCACUGUCUUCGUGCAGGGCAUGACAAUCCGGCCUUUGGUGGACCUGCUGGCUGUGAAGAAGAAGCAGGAGAGCAAGCGAUCCAUCAAUGAGGAGAUCCACACGCAGUUCCUGGAUCACCUUCUGACGGGCAUUGAGGACAUCUGUGGUCAUUAUGGCCACCACCACUGGAAGGACAAACUUAAUCGGUUUAAUAAGAAGUACGUGAAGAAGUGUCUGAUCGCUGGGGAGCGCUCCAACGAACCCCAGCUCAUCGCCUUCUACCACAAGAUGGAGAUGAAGCAGGCCAUCGAGCUUGUGGAGAGUGGGGGCGUGGGCAAGAUCCCUCCUGCUGUCUCCACCGUCUCCAUGCAAAACAUUCAUCCCAAGUCCCUGCCUGCUGAGCGCAUCCUGCCAGCGCUGUCCAAGGAUAAGGAGGAGGAGAUUAGGAAGAUUCUGCGCAACAACCUCCAGAAGACCCGACAACGGUUGAAAUCCUACAACAGACACACACUGGUGGCUGACCCUUUUGAGGAAGCCUGGAACCAGAUGCUGCUGAGGAGACAGAAGGUUCGACAACUGGAACAAAAGAUAAAUAACUACCUGACAGUGCCAGCCCACAAACUGGACUCUCCUACCAUGUCCCGAGCUCGAAUUGGCUCAGAUCCCCUAGCCUAUGAGCCAAAGCCUGAUUCAGAGAACCUCCCUAUCAUCACCAUUGACCCUGCCUCACCCCAGUCCCCUGAGUCUGUGGACCUGGUAAAUGAAGAACUGAAGGGCAAAGACGUGGUGCUGGAGGAGGGGGAGGAGGAGGAUGAACACGGUCUCAUGAUGCACCCCAAGGAGCCCUCGUCCCCGGGCACAGACGACGUCUUCACCCCUGAGCCAGGGGAUAGCCCGAGCAGCCAGCGCAUGCUCCGCUGCCUCAGCGAUCCCGGGCCGCGCCCAGAGCCCGGCGAGGGCGAGCCCUUCAUUCCCAAGGGCCAGUAACGCCAGGGCCAGGGGCCAUUGGGGACCAAUGGGAGCCUCUCCCCUUCCUUACAGCAUGGCAGCUGGGCUCCAGCACGGCUUCCCAUACCCGCUGGGCAGUGCCCAUCUCUCCUCCCAGCACCAGCCCUCAGAAGAAGGCACCAUGGGUACCACCGCAAAGCUUUACUCCCACCUCCUGCGGUGCCCUGGCCCUCCUGAGGACAUCCCUCCUUGGGGCUGGACAAGUGGUUGGCAUAGUAACCUCUCCCUCUACAUUUUCUGUCCUCUUCAAACCCCGGGUUUUCAGAACUCUGGGGUCCUGCCCGGUGGGCCAGAGCUUGGGGCUCUCCCCACGGCCACCACUGAUGGCCCAGCCCCUAGUUCCAAUAGGCUUUUGUUCUCCUCAAACCCUAUCAAUGUCUGUAACCAAAGAAGCCUCCCCUCCCUGUCAGGUGCUCCCUGCCCCGCUGGCCACCUUGAUCCUGCUCUGGCUGGGGAGCGGGGAAAUCUAGAAGCAAUGCAGCUGCUUGCCCUUGCCUGCCCCCAGCCCCUGUUUCAAUUCAUCCAGCAUCUGGUAAGGGUCUACUCCGUGCAAGGACCUGUGGGCAGCAGGGGACCUACAGAGGAGAAAGCAUACUCUCCUUGCCUUCCAAGUGCUUAUAGCUGUCUCACAAGCUGGAACAAGACUGGGAGAAGCGAGAGUGGCCCGAGAGGAGGGGAUAUGGGGAGGUCAAUCCCAGAAGCCUUCUUUGGGGCCAAGCAGGGGGGAACUGAAGCUUCUGAAAUUAGGCUGGCGUGAAUGGCCCCUCUUUCCCAGAAUGCUGAGUUCUCAGCCAUGGGCCCCACCCUGAGCCCCACAGCCCUCAGGGGCUCUGCUUUAUAAAGGGAAAUGCUGAUACCCCCAAUAGCAUCCUGGUCCUAUUGCCUCAGGAUCUCUGGGACUAAGCCAGUGGCCCCCAAGGCAGUUUGCCCAGGGAACCUCCCUCCCAGAGAUCUUUGUGUUUGUUCUGUGCCUCCUCCCCUGUCGUCAGUCUCUGAGUCCCCCUUCCUGGGGCCUGCCUUCCCUGCAGGUUGUGUCAGCCUAUCCCUAGGCUUCCCCUGCACCUCCAUGAGGGAGGCUUGGGAGUAUGUGGCCUCCAGAUGACCUCCCCUCACUAGGGUCCAUAGCAGUGGGUGCCUCCAGGCCCUGCUGCCCUCCACACACACAACCCUGCCAAUAGCCAUUGCCUCUCCCGGCUCUGCUUUGUAUCCUAGUGUCUGAUCCUGGAGGUGAUCAGGACACUGGGGGCUGCUCACUAGCCCCAAGGAAGCCAUGUUGCGAGGCCCCCUUCUGACACCUCCCCCCCAGAUUGUGCAAUAUUCUGUGUCCCCCUCUACACACUCCCCACCCCUGGGCCUGACCGCCCCUCACCACCACCACCACCCCUUGCCUGGGCUAACACACUGUCCCUGGCAGAAAUAUCUAAGCAAUGAGGAGGCUGACUGGGCAUAAGGCUGUGGUCGCCACCUCUCCCCACCUCCAUCUCCCUGUGUAUAAAAUGAAACAAAUCUUUUUCAUAUUCUAAUAAAUCAAUGUGACUUUU